AUUCUAAAUUUAGCACAUGGAAUUCCCAAAAUGGCGUUGAAAUAUUACUUUGAUCUCAUGUCACAGCCUUCAAGAGCUGUUUAUAUUUUUCUGAAAGCUAAUAACAUAAAAUUUGAAGCUAAACCAGUAGCUCUUCGAAAAGGUGAAAAUUUUAAGGAAGAAUUCACAAAGCUUAAUCCAUGGCAAAGAGUUCCAGUUCUUGAUGAUAAUGGCUUUGUACUUACAGAAAGUGUUGCAAUCCUGCGUUACUUGACAUCAAAGUAUAACUUACCUGAACAUUGGUAUCCAAAAAAUGACCUUCAAAGGCAAGCAAGGAUUGAAGAGUAUCUUCAUUGGCAACAUCUUAACACACGCAUGCAAGCUGCAAUGGUCUUCCGGCAAAAGUUGAUAAUGCCUGUAGCAAGGCAGGGAAAGAUUGAUGAGGCUAAAGUGAACAGAUUUAAAGAUCAACUGCCAAAAAUUAUUGACCAACUUGACAAGUAUUUUCUGAAGGACGGGAAAUAUAUUGGCGGGAAUGAAGAUAUUUCUGUAGCAGAUCUACUCGGUGUCUGUGAACUUACACAGUUGUAUCCUGUGUUCGAAGAAGAGAUUUACAUGAACAAUAAAAACGUGAAACAAUGGAUGGAGAGAGUACGAGAACGACUAAACCCACAUUUUGAUGAUGGUCACAGUAUAACCUAUCGUACAAGAGAAGCGUAUAAAACUCUAGGUCCAAAGUUAGGUGCGAAGCUGUAAAUACAAAACCAUAUCUAAUGAAUAUAUUUUAUAAUGGUGCUGUGAUUAUAACCUGAUAUUUACAGUGUGUAAAUGUUGAUAAAGUGGGAACAAUUAAAUUAUAUUAGAAUAUCUUUAACCUCUCAAUCUCUAACACUUUUUAUUUUUUUAAUUACAAAGUUUCGAAGAUUUCUAAUAUUAUGAAAAGUUGCGAUGAGAUUGACAAUUCUGUAGAUGAUAUUAUUGAUAUAUAAACAUGUACACUCAGAUUGAUUGCUUUUUGUUCAAAUUAACAUUUCAGGGAAAUGUAGAAAACUAUAAUGUUUAAUCAGGAAAAGAUUAUGAUUAAAUUAAGAUUGAUUUUUUUUUUAAUUUUAAUUAUUUAUAUUGCUUUUUAAUGAAAAUAAAUCAUAUACAAGUUA